AUGGCUUCAGUUAGUUCAUUACUCUGCAUUGCUAGUCUCUUCUGUUUACUGUCAGCUACUCGCGCUAAAAUCCGUGGCAUUUAUACCGGCGGCCCCUGGCAGUCCGCUCACGCCACAUUCUACGGCGGCAGCGAUGCCUCUGGCACAAUGGGUGGUGCUUGUGGGUAUGGGAAUCUGUACAGCCAAGGCUACGGAGUGAACACCGCAGCUCUAAGCACGGCUCUGUUCAACAAUGGACUGAGCUGUGGGGCUUGCUUUGAGAUAAAAUGUGAUGCUGAGCAGGACCCCAAGUGGUGCAACCCGGGCAGCCCAUCAAUUUUUGUUACCGCCACUAAUUUCUGCCCUCCUAACUUUGCUUUGCCCAGUAAUAAUGGCGGGUGGUGCAACCCUCCGAGAACCCACUUCGAUCUUGCCAUGCCCAUGUUCCUCAAAAUCGCCGAGUACCGCGCCGGCAUCGUCCCCGUCAACUUCCGCCGGGUACCUUGCAGGAAGCAAGGAGGAAUGAGAUUCACGAUCAACGGUUUCCGUUACUUCAAUCUACUUAUGAUCACGAACGUCGCGGGUGCUGGGGAUAUUGUGCGCGUUAGCAUCAAAGGCACGAACACCCAGUGGUUGCCAAUGAGUCGAAACUGGGGGCAAAACUGGCAAUCCAAUGCAGUUCUUGUGGGCCAGGCUUUGUCUUUUAGAGUUACGUCCGGUGACCAUCGGUCAUGCACCUCCAUGAACGUAGCACCAGCUAAUUGGCAGUUUGGACAGACCUUUAUGGGCAUGAACUUCAAGGUUUAA